UUAAUAUGAUCAGUAGCUCAUGAUUUCAUGUCAGUAAUUUUGUUUGUUUUAUUAUCAGCUGUCAAUUCACAGGUCAAUAAAAUUGUUGAUAUUAUCAGAGAAGUGUAUAUCAAUACAAAUGCACUACAUAAUGCCUUUAGCUCUGCUUCCAAAAGAAUUCUACAAAAGAAUGACAUAGAGAAUAUCAGAGCACAGAAAUCUGUAUCAGGUUAUCAAAUCUCCUUCACUUUGCUAAAUGCAGACCCCAAGUCUGUGCUCCCACAGUGGGACAUCAAGCAAGCUACCUCAAAAUUCCUCAGUCCUUUUCUCCAAAAGUUUGAUUUCUUGGAUACKUCAGUAGAUUCUCAGGUAAUCCAUUACAGUAGUCUACAAAUCAAACCAAAGACCAAAGAUCAAAUACAUUACCUGAAACACCAAGACUUGCCUCAUCUUAUYAAUCCUAUUGAAACUUCACUUGCACGGCUUCUUGAGCGAAUAAGCAAUAUGGUGAUUGGAGACCAAAUACAGAAACAAGUGCAACAAGCAUUAGAUGCAAUACAUAAGAGUAAAGACUAUCUUGAAAAUGGGAAGGUGAAAGAAGCCUUCUUCCAAGCCAAGAUAGCCUUGGUUUCUUCAGAAAAAGCUUUCUUUGAUCCUUCCAUCUUGGCAUUGCUGUACUUUCCUGAUGACCAAAAGUAUGCUAUCUAUAUCCCGCUGUUUCUUCCCAUCAGUCUUCCUGUGAUAAUAUCAUUGUUCAAAGGUGCAAAAUGGCUAAAAAAUGGUGAUCAACCUAAACCAACAGAUGAAAAGAAAAAUAACUAAAUAUUAAAAAAAGAUAGAGUAAAUGCAAUUGUACUGAGACAUAUAAAUACCGUGAAACUUAAUCAAAAUAGUGCUUCACUGAGCCAGAACAGUGAAACAACAGGUAAUGGCAUACUUAACAAAUAGAUCUCAUUUUUCCGUGCGUGUGUACUCUAAUAGAUACACAGAUGACGUCAAAAUGUAGUG